AUGCAAGCUUCAGAGAAUAAAACCACAGAAAAGGCAGAACCAUUCUACAGGCUUUCAGUGCCAAAGCAGAAGACCAGUUCUGAGAUUAUAAAUGAAGCCAGAAAUGUUCUACGAACAGUAAGAACUUGGAGACCAUUUACACCUACAGAGGAUCAAAGGAAACUUUUUGGACCUGGAUCCUCACGACCUCUUCAAAAUAGACCCCCUUCAGUUUUUAGUCUUCAUGCAUCCAGUUUUGAUUUGCCUGAAUCAAGACCAGUGUCUGGUGUUCGUCUUAGCCCACUGGAUCAUAGGCCAAUACUGGUCACUUUUGCAAAAGAUGACGAUUCUUCCAUUUCCUUUCCAAAGCCUCCUGCCGAUGCUGCAGAGGUUAGAAAAGUCAGCAGUGCUCGGGCACGGUUAUUUAGAAGAACUUCUCAGGGAAAUUUCCUUUCUGCUAAAAUGGUUCCUCCCAAUCAGA